UUGCACAAUAUACAAGUCAAUUUAAAAAAAAAUUGGAAAACAAGGCCCAAGCUGGCUGGCGCCGUCGCCGCCUCCAUGCAGUUCGGAACGCCGCCGCUUUCUCCGGCCGCUCGGCGCGCCCCCACCUUCCACGCCGACCCCGCCGCCGACGCGAGGCAGCUCCUCGGCGCGCUCCUGCCGCCGCGCCCCGCGCUCCACCACGUCCUGCAGGCCCACGCCCGCCUCGCCGUUCUCGGCCUCGCUACCGCGCGCGCCCUCCCGCAGCUCCUCGCCGCACUUCCGCGCCUCCCGCUCGCCGCCUCCCACUCCUACCCGCUCUCCCUGUUCCGUUGCGCCAGCUGCGCCUCCGCCUUCGCGUCGAACCACCUCCUCCGCGUGCUCCCGCACCCGCUCCCGCUCCGCCUCUUCCCGCGCCUCCCACGCCGCAACCCCCACUCCUUCACUUUCCUCCUCGCUUCCCUCUCCAACCACCUCGAUGCCGACCCCGCCGUUGCAGUCUCCAUCGCCUCCCGCUUGAUGGGCGCCCACGUGCACGCGCUCGCCGUGAAGGCUGGCGCCGCGGGCGACCUCUACGUGCGCAACGCGCUCAUCCACUUUUACGGCGUCUGCGGAGACGUGGCGGCGAUGCGGAAGGUGUUUGACGAGCUGCCACUUGUGCGGGACGUGGUGACGUGGAAUGCCGUCCUCGCUGGCUACGUGAGAGCGGGCAUGGUGGGGGUUGCGCGGGAGGUGUUCGAUGGAAUGCCGAUGAGGGACGAGGUUUCUUGGAGUACGGUGGUAGGAGGUUAUGUAAAGGAAGGGGAGCUGGAGGUCGCGCUGGGAGUGUUUAAGAAUAUGGUGGUGCAGGGGGUGAAGGCAAAUGAAGCGGCAAUAGUGACAGCACUGUCAGCAGCUGCACAGCUGGGGCUGCUUGAGCAGGGGAAGUUUGUGCAUGAAGUGAUCAAGAGAGCAGGAGUAGCAAUGAGUAUGAACUUAGGUGCUGCACUUGUUGAUAUGUAUUCCAAGUGUGGAAGUGUGGCAGCGGCAAAGGAAGUUUUUGAUGCCAUGCCCUGGAGGGAUGUGUUUGCUUGGAACUCCAUGAUCUGCGGGCUUGCUACCCAUGGAUUGGGGCAUGAUGCAGUCCAGCUCUUUGAGAAGUUUGUCAGUGAGGGGUUUUGCCCUACAAACAUCACAUUUGUGGGGGUGCUGAAUGCCUGCAGCCGUACUGGCCUUGUUGAUGAAGGGCGGUGGUAUUUCAAGCUGAUGGCAGAGAAAUAUGGCAUUGAGUCAGAGAUGGAGCAUUACGGAUGCAUGGUUGAUCUUUUGAGUCGUGCUGGUCUUGUUCAGGAGGCCAUUGAAUUGAUCGAAGGGAUGCACAUCCCACCUGACCCAGUUCUCUGGGGCACAGUCCUGUCAGCUUGCAAGAGACAUGGCCUCGUGGACUUGGGCAUAACUGUUGGUAAUAAGCUAAUUGAACUGGAUCCAGCUCAUGAUGGAUACUAUGUCCUCCUUGCAAGUAUAUACGCAAAAGCAAAGAAAUGGGAUGAAGUCAGGAAAGUUAGGAAAUUAAUGUCUAACCGUGGCACCAGCAAGUCAGCUGGUUGGAGCUUGAUGGAGGCACAUGGAAUUGUGCACAAGUUUCUAGUAGGGGACAUGGAUCACAAGGAUUCUGUACAGAUAUAUAACAUGCUUUGCAUGAUUGACAGAAGGUUGGCUGAGGCAGGCUAUGUACCAGACGUAUCAUCAGUCUUGCAUGACAUCGGGGAUGAAGAGAAGGUUCAUGCCAUUAAGGUGCACAGCGAACGGCUUGCAAUUGCUUACGGGUUCAUUGUUGUUGAAGCUGGCAGCCCAAUCCGUAUUGUCAAGAACCUUAGUGUGUGUGGCGAUUGUCAUGAGUUCAGUAAGAUGGUGACAAAGGUUUUUGGCAGGGAAAUUAUUGUGAGGGACGGUAGUAGGUUUCAUCAUAUGAAAGAUGGAAAGUGUUCUUGCCAUGAUUAUUGGUGAUUAAUCAUUGGCAUGUUUAGACAUGAUUUCAAUAUACUUGACAAGUUGGUGAUUGACAUGAGUUCUGUUUCUGUGAGAUUCCAAUGUACCAUUUCAGAUGGGGACCAUAUAAGGCCUCUCCUCAUGAGUUCACAGCUCUAGCUUAUAAGAGGUAUUUUAAACAGUCUGUUCUGCUGAUAAAUAGUCUUUGGGAUUUUUUUUUCAUUAUCACUUUGUAUUUUUUGCUCGGGCAGCCAAUGAUCUCUGCAUCUUGAUGCCUGUUAAGAAAUCUCUGGGGCAUCCUCAUGAAGCAAGAGGUACCUUUAGCUCCCUCCUUUCUCCAAAAUUUAGACAAAGUUGGUGGAAUCAACAGGUGGUAUGUAUUGGACAAAUGUUUGUAUGAAGGUCCACUGCUCAGUUAUCAUCUUAUGGUUUUGCCUCUCUCACACAGUAUCUCUUUAUCAUUUGUCUCCUUCAAAGGCUAUCAGAACCCCAUUAUUUUCUAUGGGUAGGCAUGUCCUGUUAUUUGUUACGAUGUUAGCACUUAGCACCAGCUGCAUAACUCAGUAUGAAAUGGAGGAAAUCAGUAUGUGAACAAUGUUAGAAUCAUAAGAAAAAGAUAGAUAUGCUCAAAUACAUGGUAAUUGGUAAACACAUAUUUAAUGGAACAAGAAGUUUUACUAUACUUGCGUAAAGUUGACAGUUUAAGCAACUAAGCAAGCACUAAAAUGCUGUUCAGAAUUCUGCAUUGAAAGUCUUCAUUUCUUCAAUGAGAAUUUCAAGCAGCUAACACGACUGAGAAUCUGUGCUUCUGUAAGUGAGCUGAUGAUUCAAUAAUUUCCCUCCUUUUGGUGAUAAUUUGCAGUGUGCUUUAUCUUUUAUGGGAUACUGAAAACAAGGGUUAAAAAGUGCAUUCUAUGGAUACAUCAAAGGAACAGAUUGAAGGCAAUGCAACUUUUACAAAUAUUGAAGAUACAAUCUCCAGUCGAUAUCCUCAUCAGCUACUGAAGUUGUUAAGGUCCUACUUGGGGAUGGUCCAAAUCGUGCUUCGUUUGUAGGUUCACCAUUAAGAGAGGCCUUGAAGACUGUUUCUCAAGUCCUGAAGAUUCAACAACGAUUUUGGCCAGUUUUAGGUCCAACAUAUGCAUCACUACAGGCACAGCAGGGGUCGGUUUCUUCCAAUCAUAUCACCAAACGUAAUGAGCUGAAGAAAAGGAAGCAUUCAGGAGGAUUAGGGCCCUUCUGGUGGAAGUUGGGAAGCAAAAGGCUUCUGUACGAAGCGCUUUUUGAGCACCGUCGUCAGAGGAAAAUCAAGGGGUCCGGAGAAGGAAAAGCAACUGGUUUCAGCAGCACCUAGAUGGGUAGUUCGCGGCAUGAACAGGGUAGUUCGCUGACUCGGUUUCCUAAAGCAGAGUAGCUUGCGUUUACCUAGAGCCUAGUUUUGACUGGUUACUUGGUCUGCCGUUUCAGAUGAAGUUUGACAGCAACCCGUUGUGUUAACAUGCGUGGUGUAUCAACCGAAGUUUCAUGUUACCGUCUUUUUCUUUGGUUGGUUCGUACCAUAGAUGUAUGUACUGGUCAUCGAUAGAAAAACCUUGCAGACCUGGAAUGGCAUGCAUCUCAGUUAUUAAA